GAAAAGACCGCGGGUUGUGGUUUGCCAUUCGCCAUGAAAAGUCAAUAGAAGAAGACUGCGGGUUGAUUUUUAUUGUUUCUUAAACGUAUUGCGUUGUAUAAUGGCAUCCAAAAAGCCUUCAACUAUACGGAAAACUUCUUCUUCAAGUGAUUUAAAAAAUUUAUCAACAGAUAAUGACAGCAACAGUGGAAAUAACAGUGGUGCAAGGAGGAAAACCAAAACUUCUGGCACGAUUGUGAAGUCCAGGUACAUGCAAACUGAACCAAAAGCUCCUGCAAAGAACAGCAUACAGCAGCAGUCAACGCUGUUGCCACCCAGACCUUCAUCUCCAAGAGUAGCCAACACACGAAAGCCAAGAGAUUACACACUGUCAAGACGCACAAUGAGUUCACUACCAGACAAUGACUCUCCCCCAGUGACUACCAGCAUUCUGGAAUCCUCACAUUUGGGAGGAACUGUCUUGCAGUCAACUGUGCUGGAUGGCCACUGUAUGCGUCCAGAUUUUGAUUUAUCGGUCAUCAAAGAAAAAUUUGCUCCUCCAAGCGCAACAGACCUCAAAAAUGAUGAAAGGGAUAUUUCAAUGGAGAUGUUUUUAUUGGCCUUCCUCACUGCUAAGAUUGAACAUAAGAAUAAAAAAUUAAGAGAGGAGGCGGAGAGGAACAUUCUGACUGUCAUGGACAAAGAACAGCAGUUGCGCUUGCAAGUUCAUCGCAAGAAACGACAAUAUCUCCUCUUGGAGAAGCAGAAACAGCUCAAUGGUUUAUUGGACUUACAGAUUGAGGCUUUAGGUUCGGUUGCUUCUGCGGCGAGCGGGUUUUCAGAGGAGUAUAAGUCAUUUGCAACAGCCAUUGAUGCCACCAGGCACAAGCUACCUGUGAGGAAUGUGCACAUUGGAGAGAAUGCAGAGCAAUUUUUAGACAAAGCAGUCAGAUGUUUGAAUCAGAGCGAGUGUGUCUUGCAGAAGUAUACACAGGGCAUUCCCACUGAUAGCGAGGCAUCGACAGAGUGUCUUGGAGAGAUGAAAAAUUCAGCACAUGAUAUCAGCAAGCAGUUGACAAGGACUUUUUCUGAACUUCUGGAGGUGUCUUCAUUAGUAAGCCAUGAGGCGGUUUUGAUCCAACAGUCGCUGGAAGAAGGCCAAAUUGGACAGAACAUGGCUCAAACUCUCUUCUGUCCUUCCACGUCAUGAUGUUUUAUGAAUACGUGUUAACAUAUGUAUGUACAAAGAAAGAAUGAAAUGCUAUUUUGCAUGUG